CUAUGAUCAUAUUUGCCAAGUCCUUGUGGAUUGUGGCGCAGACAUCAACCGACUGAUAGAGGUCGACGAUUGGGAAACGUGGGAUCCCGCUAUUGCAACUGAUGCAUUGACUGGAGCUACUAUGUCUGGCAAUGUUGAAACAGUCGAGCUACUUCUAUCUAAUGGGGCUCAUAUCAGAGGUAGCGCUCUGGCAUACUCUCUGACUGGAGUGGAGGGUGGGCCCUCUGAUAAACACCGUGAAAUCUGUAACAUUCUGAUUGAGCACGGGGCUGACAUGAAUCCAGAUCUUGGGGGUUUUUUAAUACACCGCUCGCCAUGGCGCUCUAUAAUGGCUGGCUGGAUAUUGCUAGAUGCAUGAUCAGUAAGGGUGCCCGAAUUGAGCCGAGUGAUCCUACUUGCCCUUUAGCAGGUAAUAUUUUGGUCGCAGCAGUUUCCAGCGUGGACAUGACUCGUGAAAUUCUAGGUAUUGGUCUUGCAGUUGAUUCUCCGAUCGCAGCUGUUCACCAAUGGGCUUGGGAGAUGGAUGGCGAUGCCUGCAACUUUACUACAGCCCUCCAAGCCGCAGCAUACCAUGGACAUGUUGAGACCGUGGAACUUUUACUUGCAAAUGGUGCCAAUCCAAACGUCCUUGGCCCACCAUACCGAAGCACCUUGUUUUCUCUUUUCGCAGGAACCUGUUAUGCCAUAGAAAACAUUGGGCCCGAGUCACACGAAAAGACAGCGAAGAAAGCCUAUAAUCUAUCCGUGAGAGACAAGACAGUCCAGAUCUACAAAAAUCUGCAGGAGCGAGGUGUCCAAAAUGUCAUCCCAUGGGGCUCUCUGAAUUACGGCGCGUUUCGUACAUGCGUGCGCGGGAUCAAAUAUUCAUCAAUCAGGACUGCUAAUGCUAUGACUCGCUCAAUCGACGAGGAAAUUUUUGCCAUUCUCUCCGGAGGAACCUUCUGCACAGUUGUGCGCAGUUAGAGAAAUGAAAUUCUCUUGACGGAAUAACCAUCAGCGUUGGAAACCGAUCGAGAAAACCUCCCGUGUUCUAUGAAUUAAGGGUAC